AUCGAUGUCAUACACCAUCUCAUCGGUGCCACUACCUACACCGCCACAACCCACAAAUCAAAAAGACUGCAAACACCAAGCACCACAGUCAUACCAUCGCCGACAAUGGCGCUCCAACAACUCUACCUCUGCUUCCUGUGCAUGCUCCUCCUCCACCUCCACGUCCUCCCUCUCGUCGGCGGCCGAAGCCUCCCGCCGCAGAUGGACGCCAUCUUGGCUAGCGAUAACUGCUACAAUACAGUGAAGGGUGUGCCGAGUUGGUGCUCCGGACAGUUCAUUCGAGCCCUCUUCAACGGUGCCAAGAGCUUCCCCAUCGACGAGUCCUGCUGCGUGUUGCUCGCCUGCUUCGCGGAGCUGACAUGCGGCCCCGCGAUCCUUAGUGUCUGCUCGCCCCCGAAGAAGUUCACAGAUUGCCCACCGAAAAAGGCCGGCGGUGUGGUCUAACUGAUAGGUGUAGCCUAGAUGCAUGUGUGGUUGUGUGAUUUGCAAUUCGAACUUAAUUUGGCCGUAGGUGGUGUGAUCUGCAAUUCGAACUUAAUUUGGCCUUACGUGGACGAUGUCUGCUUGACUGUAAUAAUCAAUCUCAAGGCGUGCGGUCAUUUUUAUUCCUCAA